AUGUAACAAAACUCCGGAGCUGCAACUCUUUGGUUGUGUUGUGUUUUCCACAAAGUUGUGGGUGGCAUCUCCUGUUGUUUUGCCAUCAGCCCAAGUUUGAGCCAUGGCGGGCUCCGAACCAUUCAAUUUUCCUGACGAGGAGGAGAAAAUCCAGAAGCUGUGGCAGGACCUGGAUGCGUUUGCGAAUUGCCUGAAGCAGUCCAAAGGAAAGCCAAGGUAUACAUUCUAUGAUGGUCCACCAUUUGCCACGGGUCUGCCCCAUUAUGGUCACAUUUUGGCUGGCACUAUCAAGGAUAUUGUGACUCGCUAUGCUCACCAGACCGGGCAUCAUGUUGAGCGUCGCUUUGGAUGGGAUUGCCAUGGUCUGCCUGUGGAGUUUGAAAUUGACAAGAAGCUGGGAAUCAAGUCACCCGAUGAGAUUCUCGCAAUGGGCAUUGACAAGUACAAUGCUGAAUGCCGCAGCAUUGUCAUGCGUUACUCCAGUGACUGGGAGAGGAUUGUAAGCCGGCUGGGUCGCUGGAUUGAUUUCAAGAACGACUACAAGACCUUGUAUCCGGAGUUCAUGGAAUCCAUUUGGUGGGUAUUCAAGCAGCUGUACGAGAAAGGCCUUGUGUAUCGUGGAUUCAAGGUGAUGCCUUACAGUACUGGUUGUCACACGCCAUUGUCCAAUUUUGAGGCCAAUCAGAACUACAAGGAAGUGGAGGACCCUGCUGUGAUCGUCACAUUUCCUCUCGACGAGGAUCCCAAGGUUGCAUUUGUAGCCUGGACCACAACUCCGUGGACGUUGCCAAGCAACCUCGCUCUUUGUGUUCACCCAGACAAGAAGUACAUCAAGAUCAAGGAGGCCAAAACAGAAGCCAUCUACAUCUUGAUGGAGGCUCGCGUGUUUGAGAUGUACAAGAACCCCGAGGAUUACGAAGUGCUCGCGACGUACGUUGGAUCAGAGCUAGCUGGCAAGACCUACCAACCUCUCUUCCAGUAUUAUGUUGAAGAGUGGAAACCAGCUGGUGCAUUCCGUGUCUUGACAGACACAUAUGUCACCGAGGACAGUGGUACUGGUAUUGUACAUCAGGCGCCUGCAUUUGGUGAGGACGAUUAUCGCGUUGCCAUGGCCAAUGGCAUUCUGAAGAAGGGUGGCAAGUUGGUGUGCCCUGUUGACGACACUGGCUCUUACCUGCCCGAGAUCACAGACUUUGCUGGCCAGUAUGUCAAGGAUGCAGACAAAGCCAUCAUCAAGAUGCUGAAGAGCCAAGGUCGUCUUGUUAGCUCCAGUCGCUUCCGCCACAACUACCCGUUCUGCUGGAGAUCAGAGACGCCGUUGAUCUACAGGGCUGUGCCAAGCUGGUUCAUUCGUGUCGAACACAUCGUCGACAAGCUCCUCACCAACAACAAGAAGUGCUAUUGGGUGCCAGAGUUUGUACGUGAGAAGCGUUUCCACAACUGGCUGGAAAAUGCUAGAGACUGGGCUGUAUCUCGUAACCGCUUCUGGGGAACUCCCAUGCCUAUCUGGGCCAAUGAAGACUGCAGUGAGGUUGUGUGCAUUGGGUCAGUUGAUGAACUGGAGCGUCUGUCCGGCGUCCGUAUCAAGGACUUGCACAGAGAAUCUGUGGAUGACAUCACUAUCCCGUCCAAGACUGGUAAUGGUGUGCUGCGCCGUAUCGCACCCGUGUUUGACUGUUGGUUCGAGAGUGGCAGCAUGCCCUAUGCCCAGUGUCACUAUCCGUUUGAGAACAAGAAGACGUUUGAGGAGUCAUUCCCAGCCGAUUUCAUUGCUGAAGGUGUGGACCAGACACGUGGAUGGUUUUACACCCUACUGGUCAUCUCCACUGCCCUGUUUGAUGAGCCACCGUACAAGAACCUCAUUGUCAAUGGUCUUGUACUGGCCAGUGAUGGUAAGAAGAUGAGCAAGCGUCUGAAGAACUACCCAGACCCCAUGAACGUUGUCCAUGCCUAUGGCGCAGAUGCACUCCGACUGUACCUGAUCAACUCUCCAGUGGUGCGUGCUGAUACAUUGAGAUUCAAGGAGGAGGGUGUGAAGGACGUGGUCAAGGAAGUCUUUCUGCCCUGGCUCAAUGCGUACCGUUUCCUUGUGCAGAACAUUGAGCGCCUCAAGCGUGAGGAGAAUGUCAAGUUCGUGUUCAACCCAGAAGCACGUCACUCGUCUGGAAACAUCAUGGAUUGCUGGAUUGUGUCGUUCACACAGAGUCUACUCAAGUUUGUACACACAGAAAUGGCAGCGUAUCGUCUCUACACUGUGGUACCGCGUCUUGUGCGCUACAUUGGCCAGUUGACCAACUGGUAUGUUCGCUUCAACCGCAAACGUCUCAAGGGUGAGAACGGUGCCGAUGUGUGCACAGAGGCUCUGGAAUCUCUCUUUGGUGUACUCUACGCCAUCGUUCGCAUCAUGGCUCCUUUCACGCCAUUCCUGACAGAGCACAUGUACCAGACAUUGCGUAACUUCCUCAGCACGGAGAAGACUGAUCUCAACGCCAGUCUGCACUACCUCAUGCUACCGCGGCCUGAAGAGGCCCUGAUCAAUGUUGCCGUUGAACGCUCAGUGGAGAGAAUGCAGGCAGUCAUUGAGCUUGUGCGAGUCCUUCGGGAUCGCAAGACCAUGCCGACCAAGUACCCACUGCCGGAGGUUGUUGUCAUCCACCAUGACCAGCAGUAUCUAGAUGAUGUGCGCUCACUGCAGCAGUAUAUCCUGGAGGAACUGAACGUGAAGGCACUGACUGUGAGCCAAGACAAGGAGCGCUAUGGUGUACAGCUUGUCCUGGAGCCAGAGCAUCAGACUCUAGGUCGACGGCUCAAGGGUGCUGCCAAGCAGGUCUACGAGGCACUGAAGAAGCUGAGUGAGGAGGAAGUGAACAACUUCAUCUCUGCUGGCAAGGUCGUACUCUGUGGCGAGGAGCUGACCCUUGCCGAUGUCAAGGUCAAGUACAGUUUCAAGAAGCAAGCAGAAGGCCAGGACUUCGAAGCUCACUCUGACAACGAUGUUCUUGUACUUCUAGACACAACACCCUCGCAGGAAAUGGUUGACGAGGGUACAGCGCGCGCUGUCGUGAACCUUGUACAGAAACUCAGAAAGAAGGCAAAGCUUCAGCCACACAACGCAGUCACGGUUACAUAUGAGGUGCAUGGCUCAGAACCGGCAGAGCUCACCAGAGUACUGACAUCACAGGCUGAAUACAUCGCAGCGUCACUAAAGCAAGCGUUUGUGCCAAACAGCCAGGCAUCAGACAGCGAGUUGAUCAUCGAAGAAGAUGGACAGAUCAAGGGAGUCAAGAAUGCCUCCAUCUUUUUCCGCAUCCUCAAGGCAUAAGAAUUACACGCCAUCUAUCAUUGGAUUCAAUUCAACAACAUAUCACAAAAUGGCUUAACUUACUACCCGCCAUCUUCAUCCUCACUCAUAAAACACAUACAGCUUUAGCCUGGUGGCAUUUAUGCUCCUCUUCUCCCUUUCCCUGCUUUUUUGCACAUGGCCUGACCCAUUAUUAGAUUGUCUAUAUUCUUCAGCUUGUGCAGCACCCUUAUCAUGCGUGCGGUAUUUAAAUUAUGUGUUUUCGAACGCAAUUUUGUAUGCAUUUCUUAAGCUGAUUUCUGUCGAUUCCGACCAUUUAAUUAACACAAGGAAUUGGCCAGGUGCCCUUUGCAACCUGGUUUGGCAAUUCA